UUGUAGGACGGUGUUGCCAAGGUUUCCGAUGUAAUCCGUUUGUAGGGACCGGAUCUGCCAACGCCGGUGUCACCAGGGACAAAGCAACCACCAUGGAUACAGCCGCCAAAGUGGAGACGCUGUUCUCCUUGGAACUGUUAGUGGAAUACGUGAACGUUGGACCUGAAACCCAAGCUAAGCCCAGCCCUUUGCUGGCGGUGGCCUUCAGGCUGCUGGACUUCCCCACCCUCUUGGUCCAUCAGACCGAGCCGCAACGAGCAGAAACCCUGCGGCGGAGCUGGGAGCGUGGGCAGGAGAGACCGGGACCCGUGCGAACGGGGGCCCGCACUGGCAUCACUUUCAAUAAAGGCAAGUCCUGCCUGUUCAAGAUGGGGAUGUCAACCCUUCACCGCUAUCUGACCAACACCCCUCUGUACGCCAUGCUACUAGACGUGUCACAGCGAGUACCCAAGUUGUUGGGAAGUUGCCUGAUCUCGAUGGCGAGUGCCGUGGAGAAAAUCAGAUUGGAUGUAGAAGAAUGUGGCAUUACAACGCCAUCCAUGCAAGGGAAGAGGGGCCUGUACCCUCUUUAUAACCUGAUGGGUGUAAAGAUUGGCCAGAUAUCGGCAGGAUAUAGACUUAUGAGUUUGGGAGUUGGUUUGCUGCCGCAUGUUCCAGAAAACCAGGUCCUGAAAGCUGAAAUGCGAAACACGAACUUUGAACACCUGCCCAGUGAAGGACAGGUGCCAGAACAAGGGGAGAAAGAGAAGGUGGCAGAUCAAGGCACUGGACACAUUCCGACUGACUCUCAAAAGCACUUCAGCCACAUGUCUGGUGACCAGGCUGUUGAAGGUAGACAGUUUGACCAGAUCAAAGAGCCUAUUAUUAUUUCUGCUUUAAAGGGAGAACAUAAGCUGAGCGCAUUGGCAAAAGAAGCAUCUAAGAUUAAACAACAGGUUCUGAAAUUCGAACCCACUGUGGAUAUCAAAAUGGACAAUGUAUUUUGUCCACCCCCUAUGUACUACAGCCAAUCAAAGGAAGGGCCCAAAGAGGAGAUCUCUGAAAUGUGGAAAACAAUGGAGCCCGAGGAAGAGACAGCUAUUCUUGAGGAGCUGGAUUCAGAUGAAAGUGAUGAAUUGUUCGACAUGAGCCAAAGUGAUUUUAAGUUGCCCAAAAGUCACUCAGAAGUAACAAGUACAUUAAAAACACAAGUUCAAAAGAAACUUGCCAAUUCUGAUGCACUUGAUACCAUCAGACAGUUGCCUCUGCUGAACGCGCUCCUACUGGAACUUUCUUUGCUAAAUCAUGAGCAGUUACCUCAGCAGAUUCCUCUCGUCGUUCAUCCUCAGCUUGCUUGGCUUUACAGUAGUUUGAAGAAUGACUCACUGGAAUUUUAUGAACCGACCAAAUCAACAAUACAACAAUCUAAUUCACAUUUUAAGCAGCAGAAAGUUCAAAAGCAACCUGUAUCCCCUAGAAACUUUGAUAAAGAAAAUAACCCAAGGCGAUGUAAUGCAAAGAAAAAUUUGGAACAUCCCAAAAGAAAGUUGAUGUAUGGGUUAACAAAUACAUUACGGUUAAGGCUCCAACAGACAAAUCCAGGUAUGUUGAUAGUGCAUGAACAGAAAGAGUUGUCCAGAAAAAGACAAUUGAAACAACUGAAAGAGAAGAUUGGUCAAAAAUGUCGUGAAGGCAAAGGGGAAGGCCGUUCUUCACCGCUUCAAAAAGGCCAACAAUUUUCUGGUGACAAAGCUAAAGAAAACACUGAAACAUUGAUUCAAAGCAGCAGUGAACCUGACACUGCUCAUCCUUCAAAGGUCCAGAGAAAUGGAAAGUUUAUGGAUAACAAUAGCUUUGAAGCAACUUUGAGACAUGGAAGUGCCACUAGAACAGGAGAGCCACUUGUUCAACCUCCAGGCCCAUUAAAUUACAAUGCGAAGAUUUCAGAUUUACAGAUGGCUAAUGACAGGGACCUUUACCAAAAAUAUAUCAAAGUCAGGCUGCCUGAAAUAAUCAGCCAUGAUUCUGACCACAGUGUGAAUGAGAUUUGUAGUGAAGCAGUGGAUGUUGCAAAUAUGAAACCUGGUCUUACUAGUGAUCAAAUAAUAGUUGAAAAUGUUGAUGCACAGAUUUCUUACAGUAGCUGUGAUGAAUCCAAGUAUUCAGAGGACUUCACAAGCCCUGAACCAACUGGCAACUCAGAAGAUUUUACCAGUCCUGAACCUACAAAUAGAUUUGCAGAUACUUUAGGUAGCAGUACAGAAGCUGCAACUAUUAGGGUGAAGCACAGAUAUUCUGACAAUGAAUUGGAUUUGAGCCUUUCCAAAUAUUCCAGUGACAAUCAGGGGGCAGCUCAAAGUGAGACAGAAGAUGAUUCAGUCCCACUGCCGGCACUGUCUAAGCAAUCUCCAAUUCAGUCUUUAAAAGGUACAAGUCUUGUACAUAGUCACCAUCAGAGAAUGACAUUGUCUUCAACAACCUCAAAUCUAUCUGAAGAAGCAACCAGCUUGACAGAGGAAAAUCAACCAAAAAAAAUACUGAACCCAUCGAACAAACAAGAGACCGAGAAACAACUUAAGUCAACUGUUCAGUCAGAUUCUGGAUUUGACAUCAAUCGAGCUAGCCCUGAGGUCCCUCAACUUUCAAGUUCAAGGAAUCGUCACAGGUUACUAGAGGAGAGCCAGUCUUUGGGGACAUCUCAAGUGAGCUCUUACGCACCAUCCAGUGAGUUUGAUCUCGUCUGCAGUGGACUUGGCGUAACUGCAAAGGAUAUUCAAACAGAUGAAAGUAAUGAAUUGGGGAGGACAGGAAUAAUUAAUGAAUGUAGACACAUUUCUGAACUAGUAGCCAACAAGCUUCCUGGAUAUACUUUAUGAUUUAUCACCAUAGUUCUUGAGAUUUCCACUGAUGUGAAUGUGUACUCAGCAACAUAAAAGUCUCUUCUAACUUGUUUCAAUUAUGCUUGGGAACAUUUUAUCUACAAUAUACUGUGUAUCAUGUACAGUAUGUGACAAAAUUCAUAUUAGAUUGAAUUUUCAGACUUCAUCUGAAAGUAUUCUAUUUCUCAACCUCUCUGACUACUUUGAUGCAGUAAACAAUACCUUCCUUCUUAAAUGCUUUCCUCCGUUGUCCACUCUUGUGCUUUCCUUGUUUUCUACUUAUUCAAUUGUAGCAUUAAUAUUUAUAACAAUUCCUGCUCUUUCCAAUCUUGGACCUCAAUUCUCCUGAGGAGCCCUUCAUUUCAUCCUCUGUCAUGCUGUCCCCUGCAAGCAUUACAUGUUUGAUUGGGUUCUAACUGCAUGUUAACAAGCCCCACCUCUGCCAGCAUUUUUCUUGAGCCUGCUAUUCCUUAUGUCGUAAAAUCUUUGUUUCAUAACCACCCUAAACAUAAAAUUCUACAGCUGGAGAAAGGAAAGCAAUUGUUUUCACACCCAUCACAAAUUCUCUGCAACUCCAUUCCUCUCUUCUGCCACAAUGAAUCUCAGGGUUGUAUAUAUUGUCAUAUGUACUUUGAUAAUAAAUUUACUUUGAACUUUGAACUAUUCCAGCUGAAUCAAACUUUGCAUCCUUAAGGCCAUAAGACAUAGGAACAGAAUUAGUCUAUUUAUUCAUCCAUUCAAUCAUGGCUGAUUUAUUAUCCCAUACAACCCCAUUCUCCUGCCUUCUCCCCAUAACCUUCAACACCUUAGUAAUCAGAAAUCUAUCAACCUCUACUUCAGAUAUACCCAAUAACUUGGCUUCCACAGCCACCUGUGGCAAUGAAAUCCACAGAUUCACCACCCUCCUCAUCUCUUUUCAAAAGGAACAUCCUUCUAUUCUGAAGCUGUGUUCUCUAGUCCUAGACUCCCUCAUUAUAGGAAACAUCCUCAUCACAUUUAUUCAAUCUAGGCCUUCCAAUAUUCAAUAGGUUUCAAAGAAGAUUUUCCCUCAUUCUACUAAACAAGUGAAUACAGGCCCAGGGCUAAGAUAGCCUCAGGCUUUUAGUGUCAUUAAUACAAAUUCUCUAUUUCCAUCACUUGCUUCUGCUCCUAACUCAGUUUAUUUGGUGGUCCUGGAUUCUCCUUCCAUGUCUUCAUUAAGCUUUCAGAUUCAAUCCUAUUAUUCUUUGGACUAGUCGUCAUUUUAUCACUCACUCUCAAUGAACUUUAUCUUAUCUAAACUCUCCCAAGUAGGCUGUGUUCCACAUAAUGUCUCAUUUGUGCAUCAUCCUGGUUCAUAAUGAAGUAUCUAAACAGUUUUUCAGAAGCUCAAGCUACAUUAAAUAGUAUCCUCAUGUUUAAUUUCUCCAUAACCUGUAAGUACAGCAAUUACUAAGAUGCAAUAACCUAAAUUCUGACUCUUGUAUUUUUCUCUCCACUUCCUCCCACUAUUCAAAGCUGACCUUUGAGUCAUAUAUAUAUCAUGUGCAUCCCCAUUACCAAAGAAUUUAAUUUGCAAUUUCUACUGAAAAUGAAUUGUGAUAUCAGGCAACAUAACUUCAAUCGAUUGGGAAAAGUAUCAAAAAUUGUCCAAGAAAUCAGUUUUUGUGGAUAACAUGAAAUACAAUAAAAAUAACAGAAGAGCAUUUUGGUUUUUUUGUUCAUGAUAAAAAGAAAAUGUUAAUGCUUCGUGUAAAUUGUAUUUUUACAAAAGAUUACAGCCAAACUAUGCACUUAUCAACUGAAUACAAUUGUGAAUAAAGCUAUCUCACCUUUUGCUUUACAAAUUUAGAUUUAAUGUAUAGUUUCAUGUUUAUUUUCAGAUUUACAGGACUUGUAAGCUUUUUUCUUUUUGUUUGAAUAUAUCAGAACACACUUUUACGUAAUUUUAUUGUCACUUUACAAUUGCAUAUCUGGCCGCACUGUAACCCUUUUUGAAUGUUUAAUACAUGGCAACUUAGCAUAACGGAAACUCUAGAUCAGUAUAAAUAUUCUUCCAUUUUCAUUAUGUUGGCACAAGCAGAUACUUCCAAUAUCCUUAAUCUGAUUAUCAGGCUGUUUCUCAUAACAGCGGCUGGCGUCUGAAGUGGUGGUUACAUUUCGUAUGCUGCAGUAUGUAAUGCUUAACAUACACCUCCACCAACUCGGAGUACCAUGCUAAUGAAAACUUGGUAACCUGCAUUCUUUGAACUUGUCAUAUCCACAUUCAUUCCCUUUGGCAGUUGGCUCAGUGCUAAUGCUCUAAUUAUUAGCUUCAGUGUCCUGAACCAUGAUUGCAUUUACAAACCCCAUUUCCAGAAAAGUUGGGAUCUUUUCCAAAAUGCAAUAAUAUACACAAAUUUAGAAUUUGAUGGCUGCAACACACUCAACAAAAGUUGGGACAGAAUUGAAAUAAGAUUGAAAAGUGCACAGAAUAUUCAAGUAACACCGGUUUGGAAGACUCAACAUUAAGCAGGCUAAUUGGUAGCAGGUGAGGUAUCAUGACUGAGUAUAAAUGUAGCAUCCAUCAAAGGCUCAGUCUUUGCAAGCAAGGAUGGGUCAUGGCUCACCCCUUUGUGCUAAAAUUCGUGAGAGAAUUUUUAGUCCGUUCAAAAGGAACAUUUCUCAACGCAAGAUUGCAGAGAACUUAGGUCUUUCAACAUCUGCGGUACAUAAUAUUGUGAAAAGAUUCAGAGACAUCUCAGUGUGUAAAGGGCAAGGUCGGAAACCACUGUUGAAUGUGCGUGAUCUUUGAGUCCUCAGGUGGCACUGCCCAAGAAACCGUCAUGCUACUGUGACAAUUAUAGCCACCUGAGCUUGGGAGUACUUCAGAAAACCAUUGUCACUUAACACAGUCCGUCGCUGCAUCCAGAAAUGCAACUUGAAACUGUGUUACGCAAGGAGGAAGCCAUACAUCAACUCUAUGCAGAAACGCCAGUGAGUUCUCAGGGCCCAAGCUCAUCUCAGAUGGACUGAAAGACUGUGGAACUGUGUGCUGUGGUCAGAUGAGUCCACAUUUCAGCUAGUUUUCGGAAAAAACGGGCGUCAAGUUCUCUGUGCUAAAGAUGAAAACGACCAUCCUGAUUGUUAUCAGUGAAAGGUGCAAAAGCCAGCAUCUGUGAUGGUAUGGGGGUGCAUCAGUGCCCACGGCAUGGGUGAGUUGCGUGUAUGUGAAGGUACCAUUGACUCUGAGGUGUAUAUUAGGAUUUUAGAGAGACAUAUGUUGCCAUCAAGGCGACAUCUCUUCCCGGGAUGUUUAUGCUUAUUUCAGCAGGACAAUGCCAGACCACAUUCUGCACGGGCUACAACAGCGUGGCUUUGUAGACACAGAGUGUGUGUGCUUGACUGGCCUGCUGCCAGUCCAGAUCUAUCUCCUAUUGAAAAUAUAUGUCGCAUCAUGAAGAGGAGAAUCAGACAACGGAGACCACGGGCUGUUGAGCAGCUGAAGUCUUACAUCAAGCAAUAAUGAACAAAAUUUCCAAUUGCAAAUCUACUACAAUUAGUAUCCUCUGUCCAAAAUGAUUAAAAAGUGUUAUUAAAAGGAAAGCUGAUGUAACACAAUGGUAAACAUGCCUCUGUCACAACUUUUGUUGAGUGUGUUGCAGCCAUCAAAUUCUAAAUUUGUGUAUAUUUACAAAAUACAAUUAAGUUGGUCAGUAAAACUAUCGAAAAUCUUUUCUUUGUACUUUUGUCAGUUAAAUAAAGGUUCACGUGAAUUAACAUAUCACAGAUUUUUGUUUUUAUUGCAUUUUGGAAAAUAUACCAACUUUUCUGGAAAUGGGGUUUGUACUUAUUUAGAAAUUCAGUGUGAUAACAGACCCUUCUGGUCCAACAAGUACGUGCUGCACAAUUAUGCCCAUGUGACCAAUUAACCUGUACAUCUUGUUGAAUGUGGGAGGAAACUGGAGCUUCAGAGAAAACCCACGUGAUCAUGGGGAG